CAGUUUGGCAACCCUGGUCACGACAAUCAACCUCAACAAAUCCAACACACUUUCGCUCCUAUCAGUAAUCUCACAUAAUCGACCAGCGACGGCGAACGAUGGCAGCUUUUAUCAACAGUCAUUGAGGAAAAAAUAAACAAUUACCCUACGUCACAAAGAACUUUCCUUUUGAGGCCAGCGAUAUUACGCACUUUGUUUAAAACUGCAUUUCAGAAGUUCUCUGGAUGAAAAUGAGAUCUGGAAGCACAAUUCGAGGAGCGACGUGCUCCUCGCUGCUGAUACUGUGUUUGCUACUUUUUAUCCAGUCAUCGAAUGGCCAGGUAUUCUACUACCAACCGGAACAGGUUCAUCUAGCCUUCGGUGAAUCGACCAACGAAAUUGUGGUCACUUGGAGUACUAUGACGGCGACCAAUGAGUCAAUUGUGGAGUAUGGAAUCGGUGGUUUGAUAUUGAGUACAACCGGAACGGAACAAAAAUUUGUCGACGGUGGUGCUCAGCGGCAUACCCAGUACAUACACCGUGUGGUACUGAAGGAUUUGCAACCCUCGUCCCGAUACGAGUAUCACUGUGGUAGCAGGAUGGGUUGGUCUGCCGAGUUUUAUUUCCACACAGUUCCGCAGGGCUCGGAUUGGUCUCCAUCGUUGGCCAUAUUCGGCGAUAUGGGAAACGAGAAUGCGCAGUCGAUGGCUCGGCUGCAGGAAGACACCCAGCGGCACAUGUACGAUGCGAUUCUGCAUGUGGGAGACUUCGCAUAUGACAUGAACUCGGAAAACGCUCUUGUCGGUGAUCAAUUUAUGAAUCAAAUCCAGUCGAUUGCAGCGUACACGCCGUACAUGGUGUGCGCUGGUAAUCACGAGGAGAAAUAUAAUUUCUCUAAUUAUCGCGCACGCUUUAGUAUGCCAGGUGGAACCGAAAGUUUGAUGUACAGCUUCGAUCUCGGUCCCGUGCAUUUCAUCGGCUUUAGCACGGAGGUGUAUUAUUUCAUGAACUAUGGUUUGAAAACACUAGUCAACCAGUAUGAGUGGCUCCGACGCGACCUAGAGAAAGCCAACCGACCAGAGAAUCGCGCCCAACGUCCUUGGAUAGUGACCUACGGUCACCGGCCGAUGUACUGCAGCAAUGAUAACGAUAACGAUUGUACCCACAGUGAAACGCUAGUGCGCGUGGGACUUCCCUUCUCGCACUGGUUUGGCCUAGAGGAUCUGUUCUACGAGUACGGUGUGGACGUGGAGAUUUGGGCGCAUGAGCACUCGUACGAGCGAUUAUGGCCCAUCUACGACUACAAGGUAUAUAACGGUUCCCACGAAGAGCCAUACCGUAAUCCACGAGCUCCGGUUCACCUUGUGACGGGAUCGGCCGGCUGUAAGGAAGGUCGUGAACCGUUUAUCCGUAAGAUUCCCGAAUGGAGUGCCAUCCACAGUCGCGACUACGGUUACACCCGAAUGAAGGCAUACAAUCGAACGCAUCUUUACUUUGAGCAAAUCUCAGUGGACAAGGAGGGGGCAGUUAUCGAUCAAUUUACUAUAAUCAAAGAAAAACACAUUCCGUACAAGCAACUGCUCCUCGAUGAGACGGACUGAGCAAUCCAAAGACAAAGUUUGACAGUUAAAAAGGUGAAUCUUUAUUCUAAUCUAAAAAAAAUAGUUUUAACUUAAUAUCCUAGUAUGAAUUGAGAAUUUUUCAAAUAGUUACCAAUGUGAAUCUACUGGUUUAUGCUUGCCUGUUGGAAUUACACGCAAACUAUAUGGAUUAUCACA